CAUGCACCUUCUUGUUUUCUCCUUCAUUGAAUCGAAUCCUCUCAAAUGGAUGAGUCAGUUUUAAGGAACCUUCUCGCGGCGUUAGAGACUAUCUACAAUGCUACCAGCACCAAUGAAGCUCGCCAACAGGCCCAAGAAUACUGCGAAGGAUUGAAGCGCGAUGCAUCUGCGCCAUUGUAUGGGUAUUACCUGGCCCACAAGGACAACCAGCAGCCAGAUGUGGUCAGACAUUUCGGACUGGGCCUGAUAGAGAAUGUGGUUCGAUAUCGGUGGUCGGACGGCACCCUCACCCCUGAGACCAAGGCGCAGAUCCGGGACAAUGUCAUGUCCUUGGCAGCGGAGGGUUCAAAACCGUUGCUGACAGAGCAGUCGUUCAUCAAGGAAAAAGUGGCCCGAUUAUUUGUCGAGGUUGCCAAGAGGGAAUGGCCCGGCGUCUGGGAAAAUAUGGAUGCAUUCCUGAGGCAAUUGUUUUUCAAAGAUGAGACGGGAAGGGAGAUGGCCUUGCUGAUCCUGAGAUCCCUCUGCGAAGAUGUGUUCGUUUACGACGAUGCCGUGGCAGGGUUACGAAAGAAGGAUCUACGUGCAGGAUUGCUAGUGAUCAUGUCCAGCGAAGGCGUUUUGAAGGAGCACUAUCCAGACGGUGUGAAGGGACACAGGGACGAAGUGACGCUCAUGCUUGGCGAGAGCGGGAAUGAUGGUUGGAUCGCUCGACUGGCUGUGUUAUUACAGGAACUGCUUCCCCGUUGUCAGUCAGAGACCAGAGCGCCUGCGGACGAAAAGAUUGCCAUCGCGGCAUUGAAAACCUUCUCCUCGGGUUUGGACUGGGUCAUUGUUAGUUCCGUAUCAUCAGCACCGGUAGUUCCAUUUGUCUGCCAAUCAUUACUGUCGCCAUCGGAAAAGAUUCGGUUGGCUGGCGCUGAGUGCUACGACGUGCUGUCCUGCAGGAAUCUCUCGGACGCUGAGCGGGAAAAAAUUAUCUGGCCAUUGUUGGAGGAGGGUGGGGUCGAUAUCAUUUCAAGAGCAUACCUUGCAUAUGCUACCCAGAUAUUGCAGGGGGAAGCGUACAAAUUCAUUCAAAAGACGGUGCAGGCCACCGUUAAUCUCGGAGAACAGCAGCUGUGCGCAAAGCGCAGCGCCUACGUGCCGAAAGAACUUUCAAAAUUUCUACAGCUCCUUUACUCGAUGGCAUCGCAUCCGUCCAUGUUAAUCUCAUCUAUAGUGUCGUUUUUCUGGGCGACACUUUUACGCCACGAAACGUUUUCAAAAGACCCAACUGUGCAUUCAUUUAUUCCUCCACUUUUGGAGCUGUACUCGAAACACCUAGCAAGGGACUUCAAAAUCAGAUGGGAGACCGAUCUUGUCUAUCGGCACUUUGCCUCCAUUGACUUUGAUUCUGUGACAGAGUUCAGAGGAUAUGCAGAAAAGACGUUUGCCAGAGCGGUUGAUGUUAUCCAUCGCGGUGUGCCGGUCGUACCGCUGGAUGCAUUUAUCUGGGUCGGUAACAAGGUGACACAGGCGCUUCAAACAGAAUUUCCACAGGCCACUGAUGUUAGAGAAACAUCUCAAUAUCAUCAAUUCGACGGCACGCUUACCUUGAUGGAGAUCACAAUAUCUAGCCUGAAGGAUCUCAUCGCCGACAGCUCUCAUGCACAGGCUGGACAGGUAUUGGAUGCCGUGAACUCUCUCUUGGGAAUUCUUAUUGAGUACGAUAACAAGUGCCUGCCUGCAGUGGAGCGUUGUGUGGCAACGUUCUCAGCGUUCACAGACUUGUUCAAGUUGAAUUCGACUCUGCUUUUCCGCAGUCUGGACAAGUUAUUCAAGACGGUCGAGCAUCCCAUGUCUGAUUUGACUAUGCGCGAUGCCCGCCAAUUACGACUCAGAGCAGCAACGACAUUGGCCAAAAUCGGCAAGGCAAUUCCCAACACACUCUACCCGAUCUAUGGCCAGAUUGAAAUCGCGAUCCAAGGGUUGAUUCAGCGCAACGCUAUUACACACGGUGAAAAGAGAACAUUGCAAUUGUUUUUGCUCGUUAUCGGAUUCAACUCAAACAUGCCAUUGGAUCGCAAGACAAUAUUCGAAAAUAUUGUCCAGCCGGUAGUUCUGGAUCUUCAUUCGCCAGACGUACAGGAGGCGCUAUCUGACCCCAAGAAAUUCAUGGCGUUUAUUGGAGUAUCAGAGCUAUCCAAUGCGUCCAUUACAACACCCCUGCCGGAACAGAUCGACGCUUUAAAAAGAAUUAUCACGCAGCGUCGCUGCAAAUUGUCAGGAGCAAUUGAAUCUUUGCAUGCGUUCAUGAAGGAGACAAUCGACGUCAAUGACGACCAAAGACUGAUGCUUUGGACCUCACGUAUCGACUCAAUACUGCCCGGUCUCUUUUCAACCAUUCGUUGCCUCAGUGCCAUCUGCGACGAAAGAUUAUGGGCAGAUUUCUCACCGGACGUGAGCCGCGCUCUUAGCUUGUCCGCAGAGGAGAAAGAGAUGAUGGUGACAGGAAAGGCACCCAGUGCUGCGGCUGGCUCGGCUCCCACAGGAACUGUUGCAAGAUUGAUAUUCGACCUCAAAAACUGGCUCUCUAGUCUGCGCGACCAAUCAUACCGCGUACUUGCACAGAUCUCGCAACUAGGACCAGCGUUCUACUCUAUAUCUUCUCUCCAGACUAUUCUCGAACAGUCUCUAUUUGGGCAUGUCGACUAUCUCACCGACCGUCAACUUCGGCUCCUCAUCAACCACGCCAUCCAGCCCCUCGUUCUCAACUGUCCGGAGUCGAGUAUGGAUUCAGUGCUCUCGCAUCUUUUGACUGUCUUGUUCCCAUAUUUGGACCAACGGCUGCUCAAGGACUGGAAAUUAGCUUCAGACGAGGGGUUGGUCAUGGAUGAGAAGGACGACCCAGAGGAACUGGACAUCACAGACGGGAUCGUGAGGGAGGUCAUGCUGCGGGAUCUUACUUUCUAUAUCGCCGGGUUUAUCUUUUCAAUUCUCGAUUACGCCAAGAAAGCGCCUGUAAAUGCUGUCACAGCGCAGAAUCAGGGUGCUGUUGGAGCUGCUGGCCAUAAAGAGAUAGCGCCUCUGGCGCUCUUCAUCCUGUCGCGAGAUACGAUUGUCCAGUCGAUUAUCCCACUGAUGUGCCACAUCAUGACUUUCAAGGAUACGAAAUCAUGCCUACGAUCUACGGAAGCGGCGCUUUGCGUGCUGACGGUCCUUGUUCAGAACUACCCUGGAUCGAAAAAUAUUAUCGGUAGCUUUUCAACAACGGUGCUUCAGUCAGCCAUGGAAGCCCUUCAUGAUCCAUACCAUCAAGAGGGACAUGAUAAAUUGAUCCGUCUCAUAACAGAGGUCUAUGUCGAAGUCCGCGCAUUUGAUGAAGCACCUAAGCUUGUAUUCCAGCAGACACUAGGAGCCGAUACACAGCGGCUCGAGGCUUUUGAGAGGGAUCUCUCAGCGGCUACGAACAAGACUGAAAAACAUGCUUUGGUCCGCAACUUUUUGCAAGGCAUAAUCGGGGUAAGUAAAGGGCAUGUAGUUGCACGCACUUUGGUCUCUCUUUCACUGCUUAGCGUAUCUAACACUGUCCUUGGUUCAUAGGUUGCAAAGUCCGAGUGGUUCAAGCAAAAGGAACAAGACGACAAGCCUGUGUCCAGCAGAACGAUUACCGGCAAGUAUGAGAGACCGUCUCAAAGUGUUCUGGACUCCAAGGACCAUGAAGAUAUCGGAGAGGGGCUAGCCAGCCUAUUUGACGAAUAAAGCGGGCUGUACGCGUCCUGAAGACCUCGCGCGAA